UUGUAUCUGCCUUGACAGAUAACUUCCCUAAGAGUUGUUGAUGGUUUAAUUAUUUUGAUUUAGAUACACUUACAUGAUAUUCCGUCAAGGGGAAAGAACAAGGAAUUCGGGUCUUCGUCAAUGGCAUUAAAUAAAAAAUAAAGACAACCUUAUAGUCCUUUUGCUCGUCUUGCUUACCAGUUCAAUCUAAUAUCUUCUUUCUUGAAAUUGAACUUUUUUCGAUCCCUCGUUCUGAACGAUAGAGAAAAUGGUUUGGGAAAUUGCGGUUGCAGCGGCUGUGGGAAAGGCGUUACUCUCGUCGUCUUUUAGUAUGCUGUUUAAGGAGAUGGCUUCCGGCAAGUUCCUAGACUUCUUCCGGACAAAGAAACUCAGCCUCGAUCUCUUGCAGAAGUUGAAGUUGAAGCUACUAGCUGUCAACUCUGUGCUCGAUGACGCUGAGGAGCAGCAGCAUGUCAUGAACUUACCAGUUAAAGAGUGGCUGGAUGAACUGAAGGACGCUCUUUAUGAAGCAGAGGAUCUGUUCGAUGAGAUUGCAGCUGAAGCUUUGAAGUACGACAUGGAAGCUGGGUAUCAAACCCAAAAAGAACAGGUAGAUGCUUUUAACGCUGCUCUUAAGAAAAUUGUUGACAGAUUAGAGCUUAUAGCUGAAGAAAAAGACUUCCUUAGUCUGAAGGAAGGCCCAAGUGACAAAUCGUUACCAAGAUUGCCUACAACUUCCUUGGUCAACGAAUCUGAAGUAUGCUUCCGGAGUAAUGAAAGGGAGCUAAUAGUUGACCUUUUGCUAUCAGAUCAUAGAACAACUGAGAAUGGAAUACCUGUGAUUGUAAUUGCAGGAAUGGGUGGCAUUGGCAAGACCACCCUCGCUCAGUUUGUGUACAAUGAUAGGAGGGUGAGGGAUUCUUUUGAUUUGACAGCAUGGGCUUAUGUCUCGGAAACAUCAUCUGAUGUUUUCAAGGUGACCAAAACAAUUUAUGAAUCUCUCAUCUUCAACCCUUGCAGUCUUAAUAACUUAAACAUACUUCAGGUUAAACUGGAGAGUGUUCUGGCGGGAAGGAGGUUUCUACUUGUCUUGGAUGAUAUGUGGAAUGACAGUCUUAUUGAUUGGGAUCUUCUCCAAAUACCAUUUCAAGUUGCAGCACGUGGAAGUAAGAUCAUCAUGACAACACGAUGUCAAAGUGUUUCAUCCACUAUGCAUUCUGUUCUUGUUUGUUCUUUGACACCAUUGAGAUAUCAAGAUUGCUGGUCAAUAUUUGCAAAGCAUGCUUUUGGAAAUGAAGAUUUGAUCAAUGAAGAUUCUCCAUUAAAAUCGAUUGGCAGGAGGAUUGUGGAAAAGUGCCAAGGUCUGCCCUUAGCUGUUAAAACGCUUGGAUGUCUUUUGCAUUCCAAAGUAGAAGCUAAUGAAUGGGACGAUGUAUUGAAUAGUAAAAUAUGGGAUUUGCCAAGUGGUAAGAGCCAUAUUCUACCGGCCUUGAGAUUGAGUUACUAUCAUCUCCCUUCUCAUCUAAAGAAGUGCUUUGCCUAUUGUUCCAUUUUUCCUAAGGGUCAUGAAAUUGGAAAGAAGGACUUGGUUCGCUUGUGGAUAGCAGAAGGCCUGGUGCAGCAGCAAAAGGGUGCAAGAACUGAGGAAGUAGCUGAACAGUACUUCGAUGAGCUAGUAUUAAGGUCAUUUCUCCAACGGUCGGGUCAUGGUUCAUGCUUUAAAAUGCAUGACCUUUUGAAUGAUUUAGCUCAACAUGUAGCAGGAGAGUUCAGUUUCAAAUUUGAGGAUGAUGGCUUACCCCUAAACCCAGAAAGAGUUCGCCAUUUGUCAUACAUAACGAAUCGUGAUGAAGCUCCCGACAAAUUUGAGGCCUUUUCUGAAGUAUUCAACCAUUUGCGAACUUUUCUACCACUCAAAUCAUCAGCCACUUCCAGCAGGGUUCCUUUGUCUCCUAUAAUCUUUAAUAGCUUGUUUCCAGGCUCUGAUGACAAAAGUAAGAGCCUGUUUACAAAAUCCGAUGAUAGAAAAAAGAACUUGCUUACAGAAUCCGAUGAUAGGAAAAAGAAUUUGUUUCCAGAAUGCAGUCGCCUGCGUGUAUUGUCACUGUCUCCUUAUCAUAUCACUAACCUGCCUGAGUCCAUUGGCAACUUAAAACAUCUACGCUACUUGGACCUUUCUUACACUGAAAUUGAAAGUUUGCACGAUAGAGUUUGUUCUCUGUAUAAUUUAGAGACAUUGAAGUUGUCAGGUUGCUUCCAACUUUCCCAGUUGCCUACAGACACGUGCAAUCUUACUAAAUUGGAGUAUCUUGAUAUAAAGGGAUCAAAUGUUAAGGAGAUGCCACCACAAUUCGGUAAUUUGACAAAACUUCAGUCGUUGACUACGUUUGUUGUGAACAGAAAUAGUGGGUCAAGGAUUAGUGAGUUGAAGAAACUUUCUCUUCUUCGUGGUACUCUUUCCAUUGAGGGCCUGCACAAUGUUUUUCAACCAGCAGAUGCCUCAGCGGCCAAUUUGAGGGUUAAAAAGCACCUGGAUGAGUUAAUUUUCAAGUGGGCACCUGGUACUCAUAUUGUACAUUAUGAAACUGUGGUACUUGAAAGGUUACGGCCUCAUGAAUAUUUGAAGAAGCUCCGCAUACAACACUUUGGUGGUUCAAACCUUCCAGACUGGUUAGGGGAUGCCAUUUUCUUCCAAAUGGUGACCCUGCAUCUUGUUGAUUGCGAAAAUUGCGCUUCACUGCCGCCACUUGGGAACCUACCCUGUCUAAAAGAACUCCACGUUGAAAAAAUGCGAGGACUACGACGCUUGGGCCCUGAAUUUUAUGGAAACAAUCCCAGGCCAUUCAGAACCCUGGAAAUUUUGCGGUUUCUAGGGAUGCCAUAUUGGCGAGAAUGGUUACCUUAUUUAGAUGAAGGUGGAUUUCCUUACCUCCAAGAGCUCACUCUGCAUGGAUGUCGACAAUUGGUUGGGAAUCUACCCAACCAUCUUCCGUCCUUGGCAAAGCUUCACAUAAUGGAAUGUAGGCAACUGAACUUCGUUCAAUCGAAUGGGAGAAACCGGUAUUCUACGCUUGAGCAUUUUCACAUAAGUGGAAGCUGUGAUGGCCUUCAAACCUUUUGGUUAGGCGGGUUGGCAAGACUUGUAAAACUUAAACUCCAGGAUUGCAGAUUUCUUAGAUCUAUCGAGAUGCAAAACGAGCAUGAGCAUCUCCCAUUUCUUCAAAAAUUGAAAAUUGAAGACUGCCCCGAUCUGGGAAACUUCUUUGGAAGAGGUUUGCCAUCUCUCCGGAUGUUAAAAAUAUCUCGUUGUUCAAAUCUCUUCAAUUUUGGGGAUGGUGGUCUACCAACCAAUCUCCAUUCAUUUUGUUUUGAGGAAUGCGGGAACCUCCCACCCCGGGAAGCUUGGGGUCUGCAAAAUAUGGCCUCACUCAUAUUUUAUGAGAUUGAUGGUGUCAAGGAACAACUAAGAGUAAUGAAUGGCGAUGAGGCACCAGGGAGACAAAAUCAGUCUGUUUCUUGCACUUUGUCUCAUCAUCUGCUAGCCUUCAACAUGCCUGGUGUAUCUACUUCCAUUCGGGUUCUUUUGGGAAAGCUUCAGUCGGUUCUAGAAUCAGACUUCCCAAAAAAGCAUAAAAAAUCUGCUUCAUACUUGGAAAUGCUUCAAUCGAGGCUGUCGAGUAUUAGCGCUGUGAUUUCGGGUGCUGAGGAGCAGCAAAAAGAAGAUAACAGCGUGAAGUAUUGGCUUCAGAAGCUCGAAGAUGUUGUCUACGACGCAGACGAUCUUGCGGAUGAGAUUUUGUACGACGACACGAGAAGCAAACUGGAAGGUGAAUCUCAAAAAGUACUAACAUCUUUGCCACGCCAGUUCAUUCCUUCUUUUGGGAAACAAUAUGGAAAGGGUAUGAAAUUAGAGAUCAAGCAAAUUGUGAAAGUUAUUGAACUCCUUGAUGAUGAAAAAAACAGAUUUAACUUCAAGGCAAGAAAAUACGAAGAAUUCCGAUACUCUGACAGAUUGACUACAAGUUCUUUGGUUGAUGAAGCCCAAGUCGUUGGUAGAUCUGAAGACAGGAAUAAAAUCGUUCGCUUGUUACUGUCAGGGGAUGCAAAACUUGAUGGGAUUGCCAUAGUGGGCAUGGGGGGGUGUGGAAAGACCACCCUUGCUAAGCUUGUAUACAACAAUGAUAAGGUGCGUCGGCGUUUUGACCUUCAAGCAUGGAUAAGUGUUUCCUUGGACUUUGACAUUCUGAAAAUCACCAGGGCAAUUGUUGAGGCCACUACUUCGCCUAGUCCUAAGAGCUACAACCUAGAUCUGCUUCAAAGUGUAUUGCGUGAUAGCUUAGCCGGAAAGAGAUUUCUACUUGUCUUAGACGAUGUUUGGAACGAAGAUAUAAUAAAAUGGGAUGCCCUAAAAAUUCUUCUGAAAUCUGGUGCAAGGGGAAGCAAGAUCCUUAUUACCACACGCAGCAGAAAUGUUGCGCGUGUUAUGGGCUGUUCCACUUGUUUUGAACUAAGCCUAUUAUCGCUGGAGGAAAGCUGGUCUUUGUUUCAAAAGUCUGCAUAUGCUGGGAUGGGUCAAAGUGUUCCGAGAGAUCUUGCGGAUAUUGGCAUGGAAAUUGUGAAGAAAUGCCAUGGCUUACCUUUGGCUGUAAUGGCAAUGGGGGGCCUCUUGCGUUACAAAAGGACCCGUGAAGAGUGGCAUCAAGUCCUGGACAGCAGCAUAUCAUUGACAACCGAAGCUGAGGGACCAAUUUUUCCAAUUCUGCGUUUGAGCUAUGAUUACCUCCCCGAUCAUCUAAAGCACUGUUUUGCUUUUUGUUCCUUAUUUCCCCUAGAUUAUGAGCUUGAGAAGGAAGAAAUGGUCCUCUUGUGGAUGGCAGAAGGCUUUCUAGCAAACUCUGGUGGCCAAUCUUUGGAGCAGGUAGGUGCUAAAUGCUUUGACGGUUUAUUAGAGAGGUCAUUGUUUAUACAAGAUGGCUUGUUCUUUAAAAUGCAUGAUCUUGUGCAUGAUUUAGUAACUUUUGCAUCCGGAGAAGAAUUUUAUUUAUUACAAGGCAAUCAUCCAAUACCUAAGAGGACACGCCAUAUAUCCUUUUUAGCCAGCCAAUAUGAUGCCUCUCAGAAACUACAGGGCAUUCAUGAAGCUAAGAACUUAAGGACGUUCUUUCUAAUUAAUUCUCCUUCAGAUCAUGGAUCUUGUCAAUUAAGUCCUCGUACAUUGGAGGAUAUUUGUUCAAGACAACAAAGAUUGCGAGUCCUAUCUUUAUCUCAAUAUCAAGAUGCUCGAUUGCCCGAUUCAAUAGGCAAAUUGAAGCAUCUACGUUAUCUAGACCUCUCUGAAAGUGCAUUACAUAGUUUGCCUAAAUCAUUGUGUACUCUGUACUAUCUAGAAACACUGCUGUUGACAAACUGUGUAAAACUUAUAAUGUUACCAGAAAGCUUUGUCAAGCUGUUCAACUUGAGACAUCUCAACAUUAAGGGAGCUGGUUUGAAACAGAUGCCAAAAGAAAUGAGCAGAUUGAAAAACCUUCAGACUUUGACAAAUUUUAUUGUGGGCAAUGGGCUGAAUAUCAAAGAGUUGGGUGCACUAGAUCUUCACGGAACACUGUUCAUUUCGAACUUGCAAAAUAUAUCCUUCCCAUCUGAUGCAUCUGAUGCCAUGUUGAAAGCUAAGAGAUAUCUCAAUGAACUACGGUUGGAAUGGAGCAGCAAUGAAAGCAAUCCAGCCAAGGACAUGCAGACGGUGCUGGAGAAUCUAGAGCCUUCUAAAGAGCUGAAAAAACUUACAAUUCAAUAUUAUGGGGGUACAGAGUUCCCGUCCUGGUUGUGUGACUCUUCAUUCUCAAACAUAGUGUUUCUAUGUCUCCGUAACUGCAAUAAUUGCUCUUCUUUGCCUCCACUUGGGCAGCUGCCAUCACUAGAACACCUCAUAAUUGAAAGGAUUGUUGCAGUAAGUAGCAUCGGCCAUGAAUUCUAUAGGGUGGAUGGAUCCAUUUCUAAACCUUAUCAUUCUUUGAAGACUUUAACAUUUGAAGGAAUGAGACAAUGGGAACAGUGGAUAUCACUUCAAGAUGAAGAAUUUCCUUGCCUGCAGAAGCUUUAUCUGAUAAACUGUCCAAAACUGGAGGGUGGUUUACCAAAGAGCCUUCCUUCCUUGGUAGAACUGAGGAUCUCUGAUUGUCAGAUGCUUGCAGCUUUACUUCCAAGGACUCCAGAUACUUGUAAAGUGGAGUUAAACAAUUGUGAUCAGGUGCGGCAGAGAAGUAAUGGUGAUAAUCAGUCAAGAACUAGUGAUGUUGAAGAACCAUCCCAAUUUCCUUCAAGUGUAAGUGAGAUUUCAGGUUAUCAUCAACGUGAUGACUUUUCAGACUCCAUACCAAGUAAGAAACUGCUAGAGGAUGAUUCUUUUUCAUCUGCCUCUUCUGUGACUUUCAAAGUGUCAAGUAUCACAAAAUUAAUGGACUUACCACCCAGGUUGCCCAGCCUCAAAAUUGAGAGAUGUAAUGCCUUGGAGUCCCUACCUACAGGAAUACUGGACAGACCUCUUCUUCAACGUCUUUAUAUCAUCGAUUGUGAUUCACUCAAAACCUUUCCUCAACUUCAUCAACCCAGUUCAUUGAAAAGACUUUAUAUCCGCAACUGCAGAAACUUUGAGUUUCCUCAACAUAUUGAAAUGGCAAAUCAGUUUGUUCGCCUUGAAAAUUUAUAUUUGGGGAGCAGUUGCGAUUCUCUGGUGUCCUUCUCCUUGAAUUCCUUCCCGAAUCUUAAAACUCUUAGUCUGUGGGACUGCGAAAAUCUUCAAAGUCUUUCAAUCGAGAAGGGUUUGCAAAACGAUGUAAAGUCACUUGAGGUCUUAGAAAUUCGGGAUUGUCCUAAUUUGACAACUUUUCCUAAAGAGGGAUUGCAAGCACUGAACCUGACAUCACUUGUUUUGUCCAACUGCAACAACCUCAAGUCACUCCCACGGUGGAUGCAAAGCCUCAAAUCUCUUCAGUCACUGCAUAUAAACAAAUGUAGGGAAUUGGAGCCACUUCCACCAUGGCGCCUGCCUUCCAGCUUAAAUAUACUUUGCAUCUCUCUUUGUGACAAAAUAACUCCUCAGACAGCGUGGGAGUUGCAUAAACUUCCUUCUCUUAGUCAUUUCGAGAUUGAAGGUGGAUGCCAAGAAAUGUUGUCAUUUCCGGAGGAUAGUCUGCUGCCAACUAAUCUCAAAUCUUUACGCAUCAGCAGCCUGUUGAAUCUCAAAUCCCUGGAUAAAAAUGGGCUUCAACAACUCACUUCGCUUCGAAUUCUAGAAAUAAAAGAUUGUAACGAGCUUCGUUCCUUGCCUGAAGAUGGGCUACCUCACUCUCUGCAUCAUCUUAGUAUCACGGACUGUUCUUCACUGAAUCCGAAGCUUCAAAAGAGGAAAGGAAAGGAGUGGUUCAAGAUAGCUCAUAUUCCUUCCAUCCAUGUUGGUGAUCAGGUCAUUGAAGAUGCUGAUUUCUCUUCUACAACAAUGAAUUUGUCAGACAUGCCAGUUACUUUUAACAUAAAAAAGUAAGAGUGACUUGGUGACCUCAAUCCUUAGUACAAGAAAUGUGAUAAUUAGCAAUAAAAAUUUCAUGUAAUGCUGUAAGAUGUUUUACAAAAUAUGUUUGUAAUAACUUCUAUGCACACUUAUUGCAGCAUGAGACUUUUAUCAUGUUAAAAAAAUGUUGUGCAAAGGAUUGCAAAUAGUAGUGUUUUAAACAGCAUUAACAAUAAUAUUGUAUUUAUUUUUGUUGUAAAAUAUAAUUUGUACUUGUCUUUUGCAACAUAAUACCAUAUAUGUUGUGAAAAAAUAUAUAUUUUGUUUUUACUUUUCAUUACUAUUUUGAUGCAAUUAUGCUCUAGACACUCGCCUCUCUUGAACUUGAUCACCAGGUUUGACACAAGAAGUUCAACAGUACAAACAAAUUGUUUGACUCUAUACAUUCAACUAAUACACAAUGGUAUUAUCACAUGAUCCAUAUCAUGAAUUUAUAUAUUAUGAUGCCUACAUAUCAUGAGAUUACUUAGUCAAAUCAUUGCUGUUUAUGGGAGAGGGGUAGCUAGUGAGGUUGAUUGUAUUGGAUGUUAGUUCCUAGUGUAAAAUGUAAAUAAACAAUUUGAUGCAUGCUUUUACUAGUGUGGGAUUGUUGAAGAGGAAUUGUCAUAAAGUUUGGUCAAGAUGGCUAUGGAAGCCGGAUGUUCUUUG